AUGGACACGUGCGCCGAACUGGCGAAGCUCCUGGGCAUCCAGCUGGAGAGCUGCGCCGUGGUCUCCAUGAAGGAGACGGCCAUGGCCCUGCUGGAGGAGGCCGAGGGCAGCUUCCAGGGCGAGGGGUGCGAGCUGUGGCAGCUGUGCCGCGCCCUGGGGCAGGUCACUGGCGCAGCGCCCGACGGCGAGGCAGAGACCCCGCAGCAGGCGGCCCGCGGCAUCGUGGAGCUCCGCGCCGUCCUCCUCCUCCUCCUCCUCCUCCUCCUCCUCCUCCUCCUCCUCCUCCUCCUCCUCCUCCUCCUCCUCCUCCUCCUCCUCCAUGGGGGCGGAGAAGGAGGGCGAGGGCGGCGCCCCUGA